CUCGCUCUCUCUCUCUCUCUCUCUCUCUCUCUCCUCCGCUCUACCCAAGAGCCUCUCGCAUUCUUUCCCCGCAGUUCGCUCCGCGUACACGUUCGAUAAUCUUCAAGAACCCGUUUUCAAAAAGCACGAUAAAUUCACACAACCCUUCCAACCACACGUCAGCGUCAACCCGGUCGGGCUCCACACCCAAAACCUCAGACACACUGGUGUGCAGUAACUCGCCGUACGUUUGUCGGGUAUCGAGUAUCCAUCUAUAAAGGUCGUCGGCCGAUGAAAGUCGAUCGCUUGGCGAAAUCUUGGAUCAAUUCAUGGCGUGGUGAGCGGUAAAUAUCGUGCCUUGGACAAGAAUUCAUCCACGCUUGAGACGAGGGUGACCAUCGACGUCGGGAGCUGCUAAGUGGGUCGCCAUCGAUCUGCUCUCCAAUGGCGAAGACGGGGAACAAGACCCAGAAGCCCAAGCUCUCCCAAGACCCCACCAAGAAGGCACCCAAGAAGCUCAAGGUCAAGAAGAUCAAGAAGCAGCGCCUUCGCCCCAAGCCGGACUCCGACUCCGAGCCCGAUGCCGACAAGCUCCCGACCCUCCUCGAGCCCUACACCAAGGAGCAGCUCGUCGACCUCAUCACCGCCUCCGCCCUCGCCAACCCUUCUCUGUACGCCCACAUCCGGGGCGUCGCCGACCGCGACGUCGCCCACCGGAAGAUCUUCGUGUACGGCCUCGCCUGGGAGGCGACGCCGCAAUCCCUGGCCGCCGCCUUCGAGUCGUUCGGCGAGAUCGAGGAGUGCAACGUGGUGACCGACCGGGCGACGGGGAAGUCCAAGGGGUACGGGUUCGUCCAGUUCAGGACGCGGAAAGGGGCCGUGAAGGCGUUGAAGGAUCCGAAGAAGAAGAUCGACAAUCGGGUCGUGUCGUGCCAGUUGGCCUCGGUCGGCCGUGGCGGCACGGCCGGGUCGAGGGAUUCGAACUCGGCAGCGAAGAAGGUCGAUGGGAAUCGCGCCGGCGCUGAGGUGAAAGGGAAAAAUCAGGUGCAGGGGCAGCCUCAGGCUCCGGCGUCGGCUCCUGCUCCGGCUCACGCAUUCGGUGCUGCUCAGAAUUUGUCUAUGCUGAAUCAGUAUCCUGGCUUGCAUCAGAUCUACGGAGGGCUGUUAGCAAACCCUGGUGCCUUAGGGUUUGUAAAUCCGGCAAUAGCCGGUGCUUUGAAUCAAAGUAUGUUGGCAUUGAGCCAGGGAAAUUUAGGUCAAGGGAUGGCAGCAACGAGCCAAGCCGGGGUCGGUGGUGGUGGAGCUGGAGGUUCAUUGCUUGGAGCUUAUGGUGGGUCGAGCUCUGCGCCGCAGCUAGGCCUGCAGCAUUUUUAUGCAGCAAAUAUGCCACAGAGUGGACAGCAAACGGCUCCGGUUAGGGCUAAGGGAGGCGGUGCAUCUUUCAGUGGGUUUCCCUCACAGACUUGAUGAAAGUGCGGCUGAACUUGAGGAAUGAUUUUGCUCUUCCAUGAUGGGUGGGCAGAGUGCCUUUCACAUUCCUUCGUAGAACUUAAUGCUCAUUGUCACUCCCUCUCCCCCUUUUCUCUCCUUCCCCCCUCCAUUCUUGUGGAUAAAUUGUCUCAUAUUUCUAUUGUGUAAGACUCAUCUUCACUUUUUAAAGGAAAUCAACUUCCUAUUAUUUUUGUAGUACACCCAUUUUCUUUUCAACAACAAUUCCUAAGAUGAUUUUGCUAUUUAUGUUACUUGUUUUGUUUAGAUA